GCUUUCAUUUCAUUCCACGGGUGUGUGUGAGUAGUGAUGGCAGAGCCGUUCGCUGGAGCUGCUGCGGGAGAGUUGUUGAAAGGGGCUCUUGAAAUCAUUCGCAGCGGUUACGAGUUCCGACCCACCCUCGAAAGAAGCAGAGAAACCUUCGACUCUUUAUCUUCUCGAGUACAAAAGAUUAAACAGUUGAACAGGAACCUGGAUAGCUCCACAGAGGAGAUAGAUAAGUUGGAGGCUCUUGUGCGAGAUGGUAAAGAGCUUACUGACAAGUACUCCAAAGUUACUUGGUGGAGAUUUCUCUGCUUCCCUUGUUACCAGUGCAAGCUUAAGGCCAGUGAGGAUGCUCUGACGAGACACACAACUACGAUUGAGCCGGUUCACAUUAGGCUCGGAAUGAUGGAGAUCCAGUCCGGCAUCAAAAUCAUUCUCCAGACUCUGCUCAUGUCAGGGAAGGAGAAUAUUGGCGGAGCAAUCGAAGAACCAGAGUGCAUUGGAAUGGAACAACAUUUGAACAAGUUGAAAAUUGAACUGCUCAAGGAUGGCAUGUCGGUCCUUGUCUUGACUGGUUUGCCUGGAUCCGGCAAAACCACACUGGCUAAGAAGAUCUGUUGGGACACUGACAUCAAAGGCAAGUUCGGGGUAAACAUAUUUGUCACAGUCUCCAAAACACCCAACUUGAAGAGCAUUGUAGGGACAGUGUUUCAUGGCUGUAGACGUCCGGUGCCGGAGUUUCAAAGUGAUGACGAUGCAAUUAACCGAUUAAGAGCUCUGCUGCUGAGUGUGGGGGGAAAUGAUAAAAAUCCAAUAUUAUUGGUCUUGGAUGAUGUUUGGCCUGGCUCAGAAGCCCUUGUUGAUAAGUUUACAGUCCAAAUACCUUAUUAUAAGAUCUUGGUGACUUCAAGGGUUGCAUAUCCAAGAUUUGGCACCAAGAUUUUGUUGGGUCAACUUGAUCACAAUCAAGCAGUGGCCCUUUUCGCUCACUAUGCUAAACUAAAUGACAAUAGCUCAUACAUGCCUGAAGAAGAUCUUUUACACGAGAUCGUGAGACGUUGUAUGGGUUCACCAUUGGUGCUUAAGGUCACUGCCGGAUCACUCUGUGGGCAGCCUUUUGAGAUGUGGGAAAAAAAGAAGGAUCGUUUACAAAAUCAAUCCAAAAUGGAAUUUAGUCAAACUGAUUUGUUUUGUCAUCUUCAACGAAGUUUAGAUGCGUUGGAGGAUGAGUUCCACAUCCACGAAAAGGUGUGCUUCAUGGAUCUAGGGCUUUUCCCUGAAGACCAAAGGAUCCCUGUUCCUGCCCUCAUUGAUAUGUGGGCAGAACUGUAUGAACUUAAUAACGAUGGUAGCAACGCAAUGGCCAUCAUCCAUGAUUUAACCACCAGGAAUUUGAUUAAUUUCAUAGUUACAAGGAAAGUUUCAAAGGAUGAAGACAAGUACUACAAUAACCACUUUGUAAUUCUACAUGAUCUCCUUAGAGAGUUAGCAAUCCGUCAAAGCACAGAGAAACCAUUUGAACAAGACAGACUGAUUAUUGACAUAACGGGAAAUGAUUUUCCUGAAUGGUGGGUGGGAGAAAAUCAGCAAGGAACCAUCGGCCAAAUGUUCCCAUGUUUCUCCAGAAUGAUAAGACAGAAACAGCUAAAGGUUGCUGCCCGCAUAUUGUGUAUUUCAACUGAUGAAACGUUUAAUUCAGAUUGGCGUGACAUGAAACCUUACAACACUGAGGUUCUGAUUUUAAAUCUUCACUCUAGCCAAUACUCAUUACCGUGUUUUACAAAGAAGAUGAAAAAACUUAAAGUUCUGAUAGUUACAAAUUAUGGUUUUCAUCGUUCUGAGAUAAAGAAGUUUGAGCUGCUUGGUUCUUUAUCUAACUUGAAAAGAAUCAGAUUGGAAAAGGUUUCAGUCCCUUCCCUCUGCGAAUUGAAGAAUUUGCAAAAAUUGUCUCUUCGUAUGUGUAAUACAAGGCAGGCUUUUGAAAACUGUUCUAUCCAAAUCUCAAAUGCAAUGCCAUAUCUUGAGGAAAUGAGCAUUGACUAUUGCAAUGAUUUGAUUACAUUACCUGAUGGACUGUGUGAGAUUAGCCCAUUGAAGAAACUUAGUAUCACUAACUGCCACAAACUUUCUGCACUGCCACAAGGUAUUGGAAAACUGGAGAAUCUGGAAGUGCUAAGGCUAUGUUCCUGCUCUGAUUUGCUAGAGAUGCCAAAUUCUUUUGAAGGGCUUAACAAGCUAAGCUGUCUUGACAUCUCAGACUGUGUAAGUCUUACCAAAUUACCAGAUGAUAUUGGUGAGUUGAAGAAGCUUAAGAAGCUAUACAUGAAGGGUUCAAAACUGGGUGAAUUACCAUACUCCGUCCAUAAGUUUGAACAAUUUAAGCAUGAAAUAAAUGUGAUCUGUGACGAAGAAACGGUUACCUUAUGGGAAAAUUUUCGUGCCUUUCCCAAUUUGAAGAUAGAGAUAUUUAGAGAGGACAUUGACUUGAAUUGGCUUCAUGGAGUUCAUUCCUGAGACUUGUUUCCUGAAAUUGAUUGUGACUCAGCAUCAUGUUGGGAUUGGAGAACGAUGUUCGUCUAGUGAAAAACACGAGUUUGUGUUAGCAUCAAUGUGGAAUGUGUUGAAAGAACAUUCAUGUGUUAUUUUAGCAUGGUCAUUUAUACUUUUUGUUAUCAAGUAGAGCAAUAUUUUCUCGUUUGUUUGAAAAAAUAAAAAAGGGAGAUUGUCGUGUAUGACAUCUUAUUUUAUAAUUAACUUUGGCAUAUAUCUGCAGAACCUUACCAAAGUGUUUACUACAAAUAAAUAAAAAUGACACGGUCAUGAUUGCAUGAUA